AUGGUAAUCCAUUUAGCUACGACGUGGAAAGUUGUGGUCAAAUUAGAAGGUGUGGCUGUGGAUGGUCAGAUGGUGGAUCCCAAUGCGGAAGGCGUGUUUGAGCUGCAAGAUGCCGUGGCUAUGAAGCUGAGCGAGGCGAACAACUGGGUCACUCAACUCAUUGCAGAGCGCACCAAGACAGAGCUGAGAGAGAAACAAGAGGAGCAGGUGACAACAUCGAAAGCUUUUGCCUUCAAAGAUUGCGUGUUGCAGCAGAUUGCGGCGCAAGUAGACGUCCAUGUGAGCAAUGUAAGAAUUGGUGUCACAGGUCUGAUGCCCGGAGAUUCUGCUGUGGACGACCGUGAUUGUGAGACUGAGGAUAAGGACAGUGAGGAUGCAGACGUGGCCACGACCAGCUCAAUUCCCAGGAAGCUUUGCAGCUUAGUCUUGACGUCGGAGGAGAUUUCGAUGGAGCACUUGAUUAACUUCAAGGGUGUAAACGUCUGUGCUGCUACUGUGGAUGAUGAAACGAACGAUGACAUGACCGGGGUGGAAAAGAGAAAAGAUUUAUUGAAAGAUAACGAAGGAAUCGGUCUUGGUGAAAUACCACUGUUGUCUUUGGCAAAUCUCGACCUAAAGCUCCAGGUACCGCCCAUGCCACGGUUGUUGGGCAUUGUGGAGAACAUUGCUCCUAUUCCGGUAACGAACCGUGUGGCGCGGGUGGAGCUUGUAUCGUCGUCGAUCACUAACCUUACAGUCACGCGGGAGCUGAUUGUGGGAGUGCUGCGCGAUCUAGUUGUGCCAUACAUGGAUUACCAGGAGGAUGAAGCUUUCUACAUGGAUAAUUACGACCAAGUGGAUAGCAACAAGUUGUUGUCAGCUCAGGAUAAAAAGGAUCGCAAUGACAAGCUACGCGAACUUGAAGCAGUCAUGUCGCUGGACAAAAUUCUCAAGCUGCGUAGUCGAUCCACUGGAUUGGCCAAGUACUACCGUCGUGAUCAAGAGGAGCUCUCUCUUUCCGAGUACAUUGCAAUCGUGAAGGAGAAUGCUGCCAAGACAAGCAACAACAUGUUUAAAGCAAUGCAGAUUACAUUACGCUGGGAUAACAUGAGUGUUGCGUUCGUUGAACGAGGCCGUCAAGUUUCUGAGAUGGUCGUGAUCGGCUUUGGCGUCAAUAUGCGCUCGUUCACCAUUGCAGAAGGCGAUGAGAAGCAGAAGCUAGACGUAGAGGUUGCAUUGGGCCAAGCAACAUUCGUCGUUAACGUCGAGUUUUCGGCUUCGAAUUAUGUUUCUCCAACGGCAAAGCUAAUGUUUGCGGACUUCAGCAAGGUAGCUGCAGAGUCUGGCGCAAUGUCGCCGCCACAGAUGCUCACGGCCCAUGUGAGUCAGCUUGAAAGUGGUAAGCAGAAUGUGUGUGGUACAGUGAACAACAUGAAGUUGGUACUCUCAGUCGGUGCGCUGGAGCGUUUCCUGCUGUUUGUUGAUCGGCUGAGCACAAAGACAACUCAAGUACUGUCGACAGCGCGGCCGCCUUUCGUACCAGUUUCUCACUCUGAGUUAUCGCCUGCCGCAGUCCAGGUUGCUAAAAGCGAGGUAGACAUGGUGAGAAAAGAGAUAACAAUGUCUCCGUUUAGCUUGCUUGGCGGCAUGCUGUUGAGCCUGGAUGUCAACUUGAACGAUUGUCACAUCGUUCUGCUACCCACUCAGUCGUACUCAAAAUCACUUUUUAUGGAUAUUAACGCGGAGACAUGGCAAAGCGAUUACGUGGUAGAUUGCCGCGUGGAUAUGCCUGCCUCAUUGAGCAUGCAUCUCGAAAGUUCAAAAGUGAAGGAAUUGCUGGAGCUUAACGUUCACAGCUUCAAUAUCGGCGCCCAGUACGUCAAUGAUGCUAAGGAAGCGGAAACCAUUUUAGCUCCAACAAGUAUCGUAUUUCAGUUUACCCUAGAACAAGACGUCACGGACCCUCUGAUUUGUCACCAGAGUGUAAUGCUGCACAUGCCAGAUGUCUUGGUUGCUGGGUCAGACCUCAGUUUGUCGUUAUUGGCGUCCUGUGGAGAGGCCAUCAGUAACGUGCAGACAACAACGCCCAAGCAAGCCCAGCUUCGGCUCAAAAAGUCGUGUAAAGCAGGAAGAAAUUCGACGCCAGGCGGAAGUCGACACAGUCCUCGAUCGCUUGCACCGACUUUUUGA